CAUAAACAAACGCAGGAAAAACCGGAGUUUUUUUAGGGUAGCGUUUUGUGCGAUAAAUGUAAAAUUAAAGUGUGCACUUUUAGGACAAAGCGAAUUAUCAUCCUCUCCAGUGGCCAACAGUCCGAAUGAAACCCUUCAUCGUGAUACGGAAGCAUGAAAGCCAAGAUAAUGUGGCCCUGCAGAGCCUUAUCCGGGAGUUUAUCAUGUCCGGCGCCUGGGAUGCGUUCAUUUCCUGUCUUUUUCGAGAAAUCACGCUACAGCUGAUAGUGCUCGUUUGGGCGCUAAUGUUCAUCUUCUUCGGCAUUCCGCUGUACAUGUGCGCCAUGGCGAUACCGUGUGUCGUGCUGCUGAUCUGGUUCACCGUGUACGGAAGUUAUUACAACAAAUCCACCGAGCUGGCCAUGCGGCCGUCCAAACUGUGCUGGGUAGCGGAGCUUUAUGAGCCACUGCUGGCGAUGGCCCCAGCAAAAGCGUUAACCCAAAACACCAUCGAGCGUUGCUACACAGAUCGGCCCGGUCCAGAAGUGCAGCCGGAGGAAUUGAGCAAAAUGCGAAAGCGCAUCGUCGGUACGAUCAGCUGUCGAAACCAUUUGGCAAUGGAUAAUGCCGGGUUUAUAACGCGCCUUGCCGUUAGCCCCAAGGUUGGGCUAGUGCCAGUUACGGAGCAUCUCAUCGUGCGAGUGCUACAGCACGCAUCCGAUAGUCAGGUGUACGCGGUCGAAACCGUUACCUCCGAGUGUGAUCAGGACGUUCGGGAGGUGUAUCUGAAGAUUGGAUUCAAUAUACGCCAAGUAUACCAUAAACAGAUCAUCGGUAACACGCUGAAGGUGAUGAAGUCACAGCUCGGCAUCGAUUUACACGAAUGGAACCAAAACCGGGAAGAGAUCAACAUUGAGGUUCCCAUUGAAUGAAUAGCUUCACUGAUGCCAAAAUUUUUCCACCCUUCCAGGGGCCUUUUUUUAUCCCCCCACCAUAACUGUUGUCCUCGUUUUUGGGACGCUAAUGUGCAUCGCAUCCAUAUUCCAUGACCAUGAAAGGUUACUCUUUUCGGUAAUGAUUUCGACUCACAAUGUAACUAAUUAAGAACAAAUACAUUUCAACUCGCUAAGU